AUGUGUGAGGAAGAAAAGGUGGCCCCUUUUACGCAGGACGAAGGUGAUUACACCCGCCUCCUGAACACAUGUUCACGAGUCGGUAAGUUUGCUGCCCCGAUUCUGGAGAGUAUUGGUCUUGGUCUUGGUCUGUCCAUACUCUCGAACUCCUCGCAAUACAUGGUUCCGGCUAAAGUCCCGAACCACGAAAACACUGGCAGUAUGGAUUCAAGAGUAUGCCUUACCUCAUUCCUGUGUGGUCUCGACUGCAUGACAAAGUAUGCAUCUGUGGCAGGAUGA